AUGGCGAAAAGAAAAGGAAGGGCGACACGAGAGUGCGGUGGGGUUGCCCGGGUGAUGGGCGGCUCCAAGAAGACUGAGCAGGCAAGGCAAAAACUAAAGUUGGCGUGUAAUGGAUUGCGUGUCGCUCUCUCUCUCUCUCUGUUCUUCAUCUCUCUUGCUUGCUUCUCAAAAAUUCGCAAAUUAUAUAUUACGUACGUCCGCACACACACACACACAAACACGGCACAUGAUGAGGAUGAUGGGCAUGUAUGGAAUGGAGUGGAAUAUCCGGCAAGGAUUAAAUGAUAGCCGGGGAUGCGAUGAAGACAUUUCGAAAUUCGCGGUGAAUGGGAUCUUGAAGGGGAGAAAAAAAUAAGUUUUUCGUCAAAAUAGCACCUUUCGAAGGUUUCGAGUCGAAACAAACAAAAAAAGUUCCCUCUUGUGACAGUUGAGCGCUCGGAUGAAAUUUUCCCGGUUUUUUCGGUACGUUUUUUCAGGAAAAAGUCUCUAUUUCGCCAAUUCUGAACGAGUAUUCCUCGUUUCGCGAGUUUUACUGAAUCUGAAAUUCAUGAAUUCUAAAUUUCGCGCAAUUGUUCAUUUCGUUUUUGCUUUUGAAGAGAACGUUCUGAAAUUAUGCCCACUUUACGAAAGCAGUCAUUUUUAAGUUGAAAUCCAAGGAAAAUUGUUUAUUUGCACCUGAAAAUCCAUCAAAUUCUACGCUUUCCGCAGGUAUUAUCUUCCCUUCAUUCAAUCUUUCUUUUCCGCUGCUUGACAAAACACAUGUGUUUAUCAUGAAACACGAGUGAAAAAGUGUGUAAAAUUAUUCAGUUGCCGUAUUGCUGUUUUCUUUCUCCAAUUUCCACUCAAAACGUGUCACUUUUCUCUGCGCCAAUUUACUUUUGGCGCGCCAUGGCGACGCAAAAUUGCGUACAAGUACGUAAGUAGCGUCACGCGCGAAAUUCGAAUGGAACCACCGCAACCUUUCGUUUUUGCUCGUCUUUGCUCGAUUCUCACUCGGUUUUUUAGAUGUUUAAGAUAUUGUACUGACAAAAUAUGCGUCCAAAAGCUCGAAGAAUUGCUGAAAAGAAUUGAAUUUCUGAUUUGACCGCCGAAACAUGAAAGUUUCGGCAAAAAUGAUGAAGCUUGUUAAAUAUUUUUCUCCGCCCUCGACAUCGCAUCAUCGUUUCGCCACAGACAUUUUUCUCGAGAAAAAGAGAAAAAAAGGUUGAAUAUCUUCAUUUGAAAAUGUUGAAACGCAAAAAAAACGCGAUCUUUUCGAGAGGCGCAGAGAGGCGCACUUUCACUGCGCCUCGAUCUUGAAUGAAACAUCAUCUUCUGCAAAGUGUGGCCGCUUGCCGACUUGUUAUUAAUGAAAAAUAUGCUAACACGCCGAAAGACGACGACAAGUGGCUGUUUAUUUACUUACCAAACACCUACUUGCAAAGUCAGAGUUCAAGUUUCGAUGUCGAAACUUUUUGAAUUUCGAAAUCCCCGAUCCGUUCCGUUUCGCAAUUCUAAUUGCUCCGACCUUUUCGAUAUUUUUUUUCAAACUUCUCUUCUCUUCUCUCCUUUCUCUCUCUCUCUCUCACACACACAUUCGUCAUUCAUUUACGCAGCACACCCACAUCUGCAUAUACCAUUUUUUUCGGUCGUCACUCCACUCGUAACCCUUCGACCGCGCCCGCGCGCGUUUGAUUCGAAUGCGAGUUGAACGUUUCGUUCUUGCCCGAUUCGAAAAGUGACAAGUGCACUGAUUCGCUCACUGGCUGACCACAAUGCUACAUUCUUUACGCCCUUGUCCCUGUCGAUCGGCGGCGGUUUUUUUUUUCGAAUGUGUGUUGCAAAGAAUCGACCUUUCGCGUUCGCCACCAAUUGUACGGCUGAACCCAUGUCUGUGCAAUGCAUUCCGUCCAUGACGUCUUCUUUCUUUCUUUUUCUCACCCGCCAUCUCUCGCCUCCCAAAUCCUGCUUUGUGUGGUGAGCACCUCAAAAAAAAGCUCCUGUCCUCGUCGACUCCGUCCGUCAGCUGUCCUCUUACUUUAUGUUCACUUUCAUCAGUGCAAUGUUUGACUUGUAGUGUGAGUACGGAUCGAAUGAAAAAUUUCCUGAAAAUGUAUUCACAUUCGUGAGCUCCUCACUCCUCCCAAUUCGUCAUCCUUUUGUACAUCCUGAAAAUCGUACAGGCGCCAAUGCAAUAUGCAAUAUUUGUGGAAAUCGUAACAAAAAAGAAACAUCGCCUACUACAGUUUCCACGCAAACAUCGCGUUGAAUCAUCACAGCUUCUGUACGAUUGGGAGGAGCAGAAGAAGAGCAUUUCACCUUCGCAUCCCGCAAAAAGACGAAUGCUUCUGAUUUCUGAGUCAUCUGUGCUCAUUGAUCUCGACGCUCUGGCUAAUUGCCAUUUUUUGUGUUCUCUCUUUCUCUUCGGGAGACAAUGUGUCAGCAAGUACCUUCUUGACAAGUUUUGGUGGUGGCUGUUUCGAUGCUGAGAACCUCUUGGGAGAUGCCCCCCCCCCCCCCACACCCACUUUAUUCUCAGUUUCUCUAGCCCUUUCGUUUCGGAUUUCGAAGCUUGAAUUUCGCCCUCUGCUGUGGAAAUUGUUUCCGUCCGUCCUCCACUUUUCGGCGCCGCCGCCGCCGCCACACAAGUUUUGUGAGCAUUUGUGUUCUGCAAUGCCGAAGACGGCGACAAAUCGCUCUAUUUUUCCGUUUCAUUCUAUCUGGUUCGUUCGGCUCAUAUGUAGCUCCCGAGCUAAGCCUCCUUGACGUCUUCGCGCCCAGAAUUGCCACGUCAUACGAUCAUAUGUGGCGGUCAUACUCGCAAGUCCGAAGGAAAGAUGAUAUCGUUGUUUUUGUUGUUUCUUUCCUUCUUUUCUUUUUCCUCUUCUGUGCCUCAAAAAAAGGAGAAAGAGGCGACGCGCGAGUGAGAGAAAGAGUGAGAAGGCACAGAUUUGAGCACGCUCACGCAUGCAACUCAAAAAUAGGAAGACGGCCGCGCCCGUUUUGGCAUCUUUCGCACUUUUCCGCAUUGACACAUCGUUUCGCUUCUCUUUCUCACGAAAUCAUCUGCGCGCACCGAGCAGCAGCAGCAGCAGCCGUCCCGCUCACUUUUUUGUUGUUUUGGGAAUCAUAAAUAAAAGGAUGAAAAGGCAAGGAAGAAGAGAAGACGAUUAUACGCCUGUGUACAUGUAGUCGUCGUCUUCCUUUUCUGUGUUUUGCGCGUUCUGUUUUCCGUCAACUUUCAGCUCUUUCAGCUACACGGAAGUGCUAUCGGGGCAUUUCAAUGUGAAUGCGAUCUACUGAGAAACCCCUCUUUUUGUGAUCUCCGGGGCCUAAUUUUGCUGCCACGAAACGAAUUGCAAUUAUUUUUCAUUUGAAUUCUGGAAUAAUUUUCUCGAUUUUCGAUUGGUGCCGAGCUGAAGGUCAAAAUUGCAACAGAGCGCAUUCGCUUUGAACAACCUCGCUAGUAGGUACAUCUACAAUAGUUUUCGAGCCAAAGACAACGGAACAAGUUGUUUUCCUCACCUCUAUCCUCAAGCUGCUCCCCAGGGACCUAAAUGUGUUCCAUGUCUUUCUGUCGCUUCGCUAAUCACUCGAACGACUACAUCCCCGCGAUUUUCGCUCACCCGCCCGUUUCUCAAACGCUCGCUCAAAAAUCCGAAGGCGCCGUGCUGCCAUUCUUCAUCUGGAAUGCAUGGCAAUGUGCCCGUUUCCUUUCACGUGCCCCCCUCCGGCUCUAUUACAUGUUUUGAGCAAAUUUACCGCGUGGAAAACAGAGACGCUAUUGUACGCUCAACCGAAAAAACCUUGAAAAGAUGUUAUCCGCUGUCUGUCGGUGACGCCUCGCCUAUAACAGCAAAAAAAAAAAACGGAGAAGACGAAGACGGCGUUUGUUUGAUUUUGUGCUGUCAGGAAAUGAGCCGCCCUUCUCAAACGACACGAAAAACGAGAAGACGUGCGACGGGAUUGAUUGGGCCAAUCCAAUCCAAUUGCCUCCUUCCAGAAUUGUCAACGUUUUCGUGGUGUCACGAUCAAACGUCAAUUCAAUUAAGAAGCGCCGAGAAAAAAUGGGAACAGAAUUGGCGUCUCGGAGCACAGCUGUUAACGGUCGGCAGUGUUUUGAAGAAAAUCAUUUAGUUUCCAUUUGGAUCAAGACAACAAUUUUCAAGGUCGCCCUAAUGACACUUUUAGUCUGAUGUCGUCUAAAAGUUUUCAAAUAAUAAAGGAGAAAAAGUUAGUGUUUCAAAGUUGAUCUAAAAGUGCCAUUAACGCAACUUUCAUCAUCUUUUCUUAUUGUAAUUGAAGAGGCAUGCUUGUUCAAGAAAGUAAUUAAUCUUCAUAACUCUACGAAUUCUAUUUUUUUUUCUGCAUCCGAAUUCAUUCUCCGAAUCAGCCAUAAAACCCGAGGGCACACACGUUCUUCCUCUUCUUCUUCUUCUCUUCUGCUCCUCUUCACACGCGAAAUUGCGCUUCUCCUCCUCCUCCUUCGUCAAUUUCGGUUUUUUGUGCCGUGUCGAAUGUUUGGACGACGCUUUUUCCUCCAUUUCUCUUUUGUGUACUGUUUGCUUUUUGUAUAUGUGUAGGUGCUUUCACUUCUCAACUCUCUCGCGCUUUCCCACUGCGUCUCGCCGUCCUCUUCUUUCCUUUUUCGCCCAUCAGAGCCAGCCUUAUCAAACUACUCUCGGCCGCUCUGCCGCGUGUUUGGCAAAGUGGCAAAACAGUUGAACGUGUCGGGUGAUAAUGUCGUCCCUCGCCGUGUCAACUCCAACUCAAUCUCGUGAAUUUACAGACGGUCCGAACAUCCUCUCGCUCGUUUGCUCGACUUCAAAACGGCAGAAUGCGUGGCGCAACAGCUCUCGCCGUCACUUUGACGGUUCUGUUUACGUUGUGUAAGUUUGCUUGUCCUUGUUUUCACGUCCAAGUGUGAUCGGUACCGAAAAGGGACGACGAGCGUGUUUGUCGGGGCCUGUUAGUCACACGUCCCGCCGCGGUCCCUUUCAGAGGGGAACUCACACUCACAUAGUUACAUUUUGGUGUACACACGGGUUUAUGAGUUUUUGGUCUUUGAGGCAACAAUAGGCUUGCUCUUCAAAGACUGACUCAACUUUUAAAUUAGAGUUUUAUGCCGAUCGCUUGCCAAACCAGUGUUUUCUAAAGACCAAGACACCCAAACUUUGCAUGCUUACCAGCCUUGGUUUGGAGCAUCUAACUUGAAAAUUUCGAAUCGAUGGCAUUUUCUGAUCUGGAGAUAUCGUGAUUUAGAGCCUAAACGCCCUGAAAUGUUCAAGUUAGAUACUCGAAACCAAACCAGCGCUACAACGUGAUAGAACUUGAAAUAGAACUCGCUACGUAAUAAAACUGUGCGGAAUAGAACUGUAACGAGAUAGAACUGAAUUUUCCUGGCUUUUUGCGGUUAAAACCACGUCGAUAGAGUUCUACUUUGACAGUUUUGUUUCGUAGCAGUUCUAUUUCUUUCUAGCAUCAGUUCAAAAGCUUAGCUCUGAUUAGAACUAAUAGUAUUGUACGUCUUCAGAUGUACGGAAUGACGCGGCCACGAGUACCCGGUACACAGCGAUGGGCAAUCUGCAGACGGUGAUCAACGGCGAGACGCUCUUCUCGACCGACCUCGAUCCGGAACGUCCGCCGACCGGAGAACUCUGGUCCGUGCCGCCACCACCAAUCCGCUCCCCAAAACUCCCUCCAAGUUUUGCAGGUGUCAAGUGCGCGAGGGUGCCAUCCAUCACAACACGACGUGGGCUCGCUUCGUGCGCGCGCGCGACAACAAGGCGUUCAUCGCCGACAUUCAGGGCGACAACAAGGCCUAUCUUUACUUUUCCAAGUCGAAAGCCGAGGCGUCGGGCAAGUACCGCUGCGAGAUCAAAGUGCCAGACAACUCGGUCAUCACCGGAAACAUGUUCGCUUAUUGUGCGUUUCGGAAAACGAGAAUCUCCGGGGAAUUGCAUCUUUUGUUUUUGCAGCUCAUCCGAUCGUGAAGAACAACGAGUCGUGGCCGCUCAAAAAGUCGGAUCAGGAAGAGUCGCUCGCAGUGGUAAAAUACACUUUUCACCAGCCGAACCUGGCCUAAAAUGUCAACUCUCAGGGCCCGACUGUCUACGCGUCGCUCGACUCCACCGCCCGCAUCGGAUGUCCGAUCAUCGGCUAUCCGGAGCCCAACAUUGUCUGGUACAAGGACAAGUUCCCGCUUGAGCUCGGCGAGCGCGUCACCUACGACCGCGCGAGCGGAGUGCUCAGCAUCGAGGGCGCCAAGGAGGCGGACGCGGGCGUUUACCGCUGCGAGGCCACCAACAGCUUCCCGGUGAAACUCGACACGCAGGAGCAGGAGUUCAUCGUCAAACUCGACCAGGAAUUGCGCAUUGGAGGUGAAUAUUAUUGGAUUAUGACGCGCGUUCCGAAUGUGUUCGUUGCAAUCAUUUUGGGUGUUCAAAAGGCAAAAUUGGUUGAGAAAUGAUUAAACUUUGUGCAGUUCUCAGAAUUUGCAACCGAAUAAGGGCCAGUUAUAAACGAAACGAUUUCCCUGAACAUUAGUAUUCGUUACCGAUUUUUCCACACUUUUCUUCUCAAGCUCUCCGAUUUGCAGACUACUACGGAUGGAUGCUUCCGCUGGCGAUCAUCCUAAUCACCCUGCUUCUCCUCUUCCUCAUCAUCUUCACGUGCCAACGCUGCACCAAGUACAACUCGGCGCAGUACAACGUGGCGGAUCGUGAGCGGGCCCUGCACAACGACCAGGUGCCACUCAAGAACAGCGUCUAA